AUGAUUGAAUGAUUAAUUGAUUGGUUGAUUGAUUGGUUGAUUGAUUUAUUGAAUGAUUGAUUGAUUGGAUGAUUGAUUAAUUGAUUGGUUGAUUGAUUGAUUGUUUGAUUGAUAGAAUUAGAAAGAUACUUAAUGUUUUUCAAACGCCUCCAAGCUUUUUAAAAGAGAAGCAUUCUGCAAACCAAAAAAACGCUACACUACACUACAUUACACUAGUCUUCCAAAUAAAUGUAUGAGGAGACGUGUUGUGGGUGAAAUGUGUUGAAUUAUGUUGUGUGACUAUGAAUUAAUUAACUGAUGUAAUAAAUAGUUUUCACUAUGUUGUUUGUUUUUGAUAUAUUUGUGUUUAUUCUUGUACCAGAAAAAACAUUGAUCACUGGAAGGUAUUACUUAAUACUUUCCCUAAAAAUUUACCUUUUGUUGCAUCAGCAGGUGAAACUCUGCAAACCAGAAAAACAUCCUCGCACUUGUCUUCCUGUUUUUCAACUGACAAUAAGACAACAAGAAAAAAGAUCAACUUAAAUAACUGAAACUAUCUGGCCUCCAGCUGGGACAUUCCUGUCUCUCCCCAGCAGCCGGCCCCUAACCACACCCCACUGCCACACCUGCUAUCGCCAUAUUGUAGGUGAGAAGGUAAGAAGACAGGUGACAGACGUACACCACGACUUCACCAGAAGUUUUAGUCAUGGAUUAUGAACCGGGCCGAGGAGACGGCCUUCCUCCAUCAGUCACUGUAGCCUUCACAGCCAAGCUGCAUGUCGAUGACAGCUACCCCUGUCACUCUGGAGUCCUGAAGUUCACCACUGUGCUGGUCAACGAGGGAGGAGGCUACAGUCCCGGCACCGGCAUCUUCACCUGCCCCGUGGAUGGCUUCUAUCACUUCACUAUGCAUGUGUCUGUGUAUGGGCGGGGACAGUGUGCUAUAUUCAAAAAUGGAGAUAAAGUAGUGUCUCUGUAUCACACCUCUCUGCCUGAUAAGUGUAGCCAAGUGGCCAGUAUGAGCAGUGUGGUCAAACUGACUGCAAAAGAUGAGGUCUGGGUGAAUGUCUGGGGGCCUGGCAGAAACGACAUCUUUGCAACAGAAGAUAAUGACACUGUGUUUGUUGGGGUUCGUUUGGGUUAAUGACAUUAGUAUCCAAGCAUCAAUAAAGUGUUUGAAGAAUGAACACA